ACACUCUAAACCAGUAUAUAUAGGCUGCUUCUACUUCCAUGCCCAAUAAAUUAUAAACAACUCCAGAUCGAGAGUUAUAUAUAUCCAAUCUCAGGGGUUCACUUCUCUCCGUUUCUCCCUCGUUGAUCAAUGGCAAGAAUUUCAGAACCUCUGAUUGUUGGGAGAGUCAUAGGAGAUGUUCUUGAUUCUUUCAUUCCAAGCAUAAAAAUUUGUGUCACUUACAACAACGACAAGCAAGUCUGCAAGGGGCUUGAGCUCCAUCCUUCCUCAGUAACCACCAAACCUAGGGUUGAGAUUCAAGGAGGUGAUAUGAGAUCUUUUUUCACACUGGUCAUGACUGACCCAGAUGUACCUGGCCCCAGUGAUCCUUAUUUAAGGGAGCACCUUCACUGGAUAGUCACAGACAUCCCAGGCACAACAGAAGCCACAUUUGGAAGGGAGGUUGUAAGCUAUGAGAUUCCAAAGCCUAAUAUAGGGAUCCACAGGUAUGUGUUUGUUCUGUUCAGGCAGAAACACCGGCAGUCAAUAAACCCACCUUCUUCCAGGGAUCACUUCAACACCCGAAGUUUCGCGGCUGAAAACGAUCUCGGCCUCCCAGUUGCUGCUGUUUAUUUCAAUGCACAGAGAGAAACAGCCGCAAGAAGACGCUAAUUAAGUAGUACUGAAGCUAGCCGAAAGAACUCCAUGCUAGCUAGUGCAGUAGAACUCUAGCCAGUAGAAUAAAAUUAAAGUGGAGUUCACAGCUAAUUAAGGCUUUGUUCAUGCGUUAGAAUAUCUCUUUUCUAAAUCAUGUAACUAAAAUGACUGGCAGAAAAAGUAUCAACUCGCCUGUCUCUCAUGUACGUUGA